UUUCAAUAACCAGCUUGACAGAAAAAAAUAAUACAAAAAAUUUCAAUAACCAUGGAGGGUGUUAGUGCAACUAUGCAAAAGUUUAGGCCUUAUUUGUUAAUGAUAUUUUUGCAAUUUGGAGCAGCAGGAACAUAUAUUGUUAUUAUGGCCACUCUUAGCCAAGGCCAGAACCGUUACGUCGUAAUUGUGUAUCGUAAUCUUGUGGCUGCUCUUGUCCUUGCACCUUUUGCACUCAUCUUUGAAAGGAAAGUGAGGCCGAAGAUGACACUAUCGGUUUUCUGGAAAAUAAUGGCACUUGGUUUCUUAGAGCCAGUCUUGGAUCAGGGUUUUGGUUACUUGGGGAUGAAUAUGACAUCAGCAACAUAUACAUCUGCGAUCAUGAACAUUCUUCCUUCUGUCACAUUUAUAAUAGCUUGGAUUUUAAGAAUGGAGAAAGUGAACAUAGCUGAGAUACGAAGCAAAGCAAAGAUAAUUGGGACAUUGGUGGGUCUUGGAGGGGCAUUGGUAAUGACAUUGUACAAAGGUCCGCUUAUUCCUUUACCAUGGUCCAACCCGACUAUGGAUCAACAAAACGGACAUACCAAUAGUUCACAAGACCAUAACAAUUGGGUUGUUGGAACCUUGUUGAUACUCCUCGGUUGUGUUGCUUGGUCUGGUUUCUAUGUUUUACAGUCCAUAACAAUAAAGACGUAUCCUGCCGAUCUUUCACUAUCAGCCUUAAUAUGCCUAGCCGGGGCUGUCCAAAGCUUCGCGGUAGCGCUUGUGGUGGAGCGCCACUCCAGCGGAUGGGCGGUUGGAUGGGAUGCAAGGCUUUUUGCUCCUCUUUACACGGGCAUAGUAAGCUCGGGGAUAACAUACUACGUUCAAGGGAUGGUUAUGAAGACGAGAGGACCAGUUUUUGUCACUGCCUUUAACCCUCUCUGCAUGAUUCUUGUAGCUCUCCUUGCCUCUUUUAUUCUUCAUGAACAAAUCCAUUUCGGAUGUGUAAUAGGAGGGGCAGUUAUCGCCGCGGGUUUGUAUAUGGUUGUUUGGGGAAAAGGAAAGGACUAUGAAGUAUCAGGAUUAGAUAUCCUUGAAAAGAAUAGCCUCCAAGAAUUGCCAAUCACAACUAAAGGUGACGAUGACAACAAAUUGGUUUCUUCUAUAAGCGACAACAGCAAUGUGACCAUUCCCGGUGGUGCGCAUCGUAACACAUCUGGAAUAUAAGUGAAGAAAGCAUUUCUCGAGUAAUAAAUACAUAUUUUUAUU